AAUCUUGAGAGCUAAAUUUUCGAAAGUUAAGUCUGACACUUUGAGCCCAGACAGACGCGCUAAACGUUUUGUUUACAACUUUUUUUCUGGUUUUAUAGCACUAAUUUCCGCACAUUUUCACAAAAAUAUUUUCACGCCCUCACCACGGAGUACUUUUCAACUAGGUUCAUUCUAUCACACUUGCCAGUGACUGUAUGUUUUAUCGUCAAUCUUUCGGUUCUAUAAAAUCUUAAACAUAAUCUCCAUAAUGUCAUGUUAACUCACUACUUACUGCGAUAACUUUUAAAACUGACGUACUGAAAAUCGUGGCAAAAUACAAAUGAAGGAAGUUAAGGUUCCGAAAAAUAAAAAUUUUAAUUCUAGGUUUUUACAUGAUGGCUAUAAUUUUGUCCAAACUUGGCCUUUUUGUUGGGUCUGCAUUCAAGGCCUGAACAAACAAGACAGGAAGGUGUCCCAGUUCCGCUUUUCUAAAAAUUGUCUCCGCAAUUUUUGCGAGGCUAAAAAUGUCACUGGCAACGCUUUGGCCUCUGAAUCCUCCCACAAUUUCGGGGGCAAUAUGUGGAAAUUCCCUAGAAUAUGUUCUUUGUUUAUCCAGUGAAAGAGUUUUUGGCCCUCUUGCUCCACUCAGUGGGACACUUUUUCCAAAGUCUAUGACUACCGGGUUGUAAGUACCAUUUCUGUGGUCAAUAACAACAUUAUUUGAUUUCAGGUCAUUGUGCAAAAACCCCUUUUCAUGGAUUCGAGAUAAAGCCACCGCCGUCUUGCAAAUUACCCUUGUCCAAGUUGCCUUGUCAGUUAUUUGUUUCUUGGCAAGAACAUUUACUAUGGUCAUGGAACUGCCGUCCUGGGACCCAUGAAACUGCAUAAUUAUGCGAUAGGGUGCCCGCUCUGAGCAAACGCCAAAUAAAAGCGGAAGACCGGGAUGAUCGCCGAGUUUGGUCAUGAUGCGCGCCUCGUAAAUGAGCUCCUCUCGCACUCUCGUCUCUGCUUCCUUUUUACUACCGUUGUUAUAGUACCUCAAACGAAACUCUUUUACAACCACAUCGAUGCCCCUGUAUGCUGCCAGGUAGCAUGAACCGAAACUGCCACUGCCAAGGGGGACGUUUUUCAUUGCUAGUUGAUCUGGACAAAUUUCUUUUAAUACAACAUGUGACUGUGUUUGCCGCCGGACGACCUUCUUGGAGGGACCUUCCUCUUCCACAAUAGCACGGCUAGGGUUGGCUCUUUUACGAGUAGACUCGCCCAAUUUUUCGGCCGCGGCCCUUGAAACGUUCCCUUCUUUAUCGACUACUUUAAGCUCUCCUUUCUGAACACGAGUUUGUACGAUACGUUCCGCCUGUUGCUGAAUCCUUCCCUCUCUGUCGGCAGCCCUGGCCUGUCUUGCCUCUUCUUUUUUCCUUUCCUUGCGUCUUUUCUUCUGCCUUUUUCGCUUAGCCUUAAAUACGCGCCGCAUCUCCUCGUUCAUGAUUGACAAAAUACUGAUCUUACUUUUUCUUACUUACGACCACAACAGAAAAAGCUCGAAUCAGUGAAUGGAAAAUCACCAAAUGAACACUACUUUCUUAAGUUUUCGCCAAUGAAACACAUUCAAGUCUUCCGCAAGUUUCCGCCGGAAAUGCCGUAUACUAAUGAGAAUAAGUAUUUUCAACUCAGUCAAGGUCUUUGACGAAUAUAUCAAAACACAUUACAUGUCUUAAGAUGUCGAUGCUAUCAAGCAAACCGUGUCAUCAUGAGAACAAUAAGGGAGAACAAUAGCAGUUUUUCUGCUGUAGCAUAACAAGGUAUUGUAUUGUUUGGUGGUUUGAAGUGGGACUUUGAUUUUAGUUAAGCGUGAUCAUGGCUGACAUUUAUGUUAUUAAAUAUCCUCGCUGCGAGAAUAGUUUCGGACGAGAAAAGCACUAGCAACGCAUUUCAGCAAAAAAAACCCGGGAUAUGAGGUUCCCGAACACACUACGUUUUCUUUUGGAAAGAAGGAAGCUCCAACAGUAAUACCUCGACUUCUGAAGAAUAGAAAGCAAUACGUGCGUGGCUGGCAGAAAUUGUAGAGUGCAUUAACUCUGCGCACAAUCCCAGUGUUCCAGGUUAGUAUAGAAUGAUGAUUUUCCCUCAGCCCCACCACUUAACCUGCGCCCAAGCUACAGGGGGAAAAGCCACGUGCACAAGUUUCCUUACUCUUUUCCUCGCGUGUCGCGUACGAGUGUUUUCCGACGUGCGCGAGUAAAUACCCGUUAUAUAUACAACCAAAAAAGAAAACGAUAAGCGGGAUUUACCCGCUUAAUGAACGUUUCCCUUCGACUCAUCUCUGCUUGAGCAGCUCACUUUGUUUACCUUGAGAUGUUAUACAUCCCAUCGUCCUAUAAACAAUAAAAACAGGUCAAGGAUUAUAUAAGUUCACAAGUUGUUGGAGAUGUUCAUACUUUUAAUCUACUGUAUGUUUUAAUGUCAUUUCAGCAAGAUGGUGCCACUUCACCCAUACUAGUGUCAAGGUCGAAUUUUUUGGUCACUUUUUAAAGAAGAUUGGAAGCGCCAGGCUUAAUGCGGUAAAAAAAUGCAGGCACUUAAAACCACCACUCUGGAGAGAAAAGGCGUUACGCAUGUCCUUCAAAACGUUCGACAUGAGUGACCUGAAAAGAGCUCUGUCCGAGCAAGAAUCUGUGGAUUUGCAUGUAAGAAAAUCGUUCAGUGGGUCCAAAGAAAUCGACGGCGCCCCCUCCCAGCUUUCUGGUCGCGCGGCCCUUGAGGCUGCUAAAAAGAAGCGAGUCCACCAACAAGCAUCUCUAAGGUCAGAAAUCAUUUGUGGGGAUGGAGAAGGAAGAGCAACCAGGGAAUGUGAACUGACUCCAUAGUCCUAUUUUUGACUCCUCAGACAAUGGCAUUCUCACUUUAAGAGUCUAUGUUGGCAAGGUCCACCUUUGACACUUUUUAUGCUAUAGUUACAUUGCAUAUGAUAAAAUGAACGUUCUUAGGUUAACCAUGUUGAAAAGAAGACAACAAAAAGUUUAUUAAAACAAUAAGUCGUUUUUUGUUUUUCUUUUUCUUUUGGGCGUUCAAAGUUCUAAACUAGAAACAAGUUUACGCUCAAAACGCUUGCAGCAUGGGGAAAAUUCCUCGUGCUAAGAAAGAGAUCAUCAGAAGUAACCAGGAAGGGGUGAUUUUUCCUUUCUAAAUGAAUCCUGUUAAGGAAAAUCUUAUGGAGAAAAAUUCUGCAAGCGGUCAUGCCUUAAAAAUGAGCCGGAAACGCAAGAAGAAAAAAAGGCAUGCGAACAAGUGAAAACUAUUGCACCCCUGUUAACAAAUUAUUGCUUGCACCCCUCCGAUUAUUUCUAAUGGUGCCUAAUUCUAACUUUUCGAGACCUGCGAACUGUCAACCAGUGAAACAAAUGAUUAUACAAGUUCAAAAGUCUUAAGCAAGUUCAAAUCAAAGUUUUGCUAUUUUCACUUUACUUACACUUGAACAGUGCGUGUUAACAUUAUUUUUCCAUUGUCCUCUGUACAAUUCCCUGAAGUUUUGUUUUAUGGUAUUACAAGCAAAUUGGUUACACCCAAACAAAGUUCCACAAAGGAGAAAACAAGAAAUAUAAUUGAUUUAUGUACAUGGAAUAUAUAUAACAAUCAUUCUUGUAGUUGUGUUCAUAGAAAAGUCUUCGUUUGCUUGAUCCCACUUUAAAUGCAAAUAAAAGGCUUAAUUAAAAGAAAUUGACCUGUUGAUCAGGAUACAAACGAAGGUAUUGAUUUUGUCACAAAGUUAAAUAUUAGUUAUCUCAGUUCAAGAAAAACCCUGAGAAAAUAUCUCAGAUUCAGAGACAGUUCCUUUUUAAAGUAAUUAUAAAAAAUGUUCAGGAAGCGUCAGUAUAAUUGUUAAUAACUUUUGUUGAUACGACCAAGCACUGUAAAUAAGAAAUAUACAAAAAAGAAGUCAUCAGCGAUUCGACACAAAUAAAAUGAUGUUGACAUUUUUAAGCCUCACCAUGUAUUGCAAUGGCUACUGGUAUUUUAUACUCUCUGGAACACCCAAACAAUAAAAUUCUCAAAGAGCCACAGCCUAAAAAGGCUAAGCUGCUCUGUUGCAUCAGGAAGGCCAAAUUGUUUUUCAAUCUUAAUUCCGACACGGGUUCAAAUAAUCUAGAAAAGCUCAUUUUUAGUUUCCCCUGAGACACCUGGAGAAUAAAAUUCUCAAAGAGCCACAGCCUAGUAAAAAGGCUAAGCUGCUCUGUUGCAUCAGGAAGGCCAAAUUGUUUUUCUUAAUUCUGACACGGGUUCAAAUAAUCUAUAAAAGAUCAUUUUUAGUUUCCCCUGAGACACCUGGAGAAUAAAAUACUCACAGAGCCACAGCCUAAAAAGGCUAAGCUGCUCUGUUGCAUCAGGAAGGCCAAAUUGUUUUUCUUAAUUCUGACAGGGGUUCAAAUAAAUAAAAGCUCAUUUUUAGUUUCCCCUGAGACACCUGGAGAAUAAAAUUCUCAAAGAGCCACAGCCUAGUAAAAAGGCUAAGCUACUCUGUUGCAUCAGGAAGGCCAAAUUGUUUUCCUUAAUUCUGACACGGGUUCAAAUAAUCUAUAAAAGAUCAUUUUUAGUUUCCCCUGAGACACCUGGAGAAUAAAAUUCUCACAGAGCCACAGCCUAAAAAGGCUAAGCUGCUCUGUUGCAUCAGGAAGGCCAAAUUGUUUUUCAAUCUUAAUUCCGACACGGGUUCAAAUAAUCUAGAAAAGCUCAUUUUUAGUUUCCCCUGAGACACCUGGAGAAUAAAAUUCUCAAAGAGCCACAGCCUAGUAAAAAGGCUAAGCUGCUCUGUUGCAUCAGGAAGGCCAAAUUGUUUUUCUUAAUUCAGACACGGGUUCAAAUAAUCUAUAAAAGAUCAUUUUUAGUUUCCCCUGAGACACCUGGAGAAUAAAAUACUCACAGAGCCACAGCCUAAAAAGGCUAAGCUGCUCUGUUGCAUCAGGAAGGCCAAAUUGUUUUUCUUAAUUCUGACAGGGGUUCAAAUAAAUAAAAGCUCAUUUUUAGUUUCCCCUGAGACACCUGGAGAAUAAAAUUCUCAAAGAGCCACAGCCUAGUAAAAAGGCUAAGCUACUCUGUUGCAUCAGGAAGGCCAAAUUGUUUUCCUUAAUUCUGACACGGGUUCAAAUAAUCUAUAAAAGAUCAUUUUUAGUUUCCCCUGAGACACCUGGAGAAUAAAAUUCUCACAGAGCCACAGCCUAAAAAGGCUAAGCUGCUCUGUUGCAUCAGGAAGGCCAAAUUGUUUUUCAAUCUUAAUUCCGACACGGGUUCAAAUAAUCUAGAAAAGCUCAUUUUUAGUUUCCCCUGAGACACCUGGAGAAUAAAAUUCUCACAGAGCCACAGCCUAAAAAGGCUAAGCUGCUCUGUUGCAUCAGGAAGGCCAAAUUGUUUUUCAAUCUUAAUUCCGACACGGGUUCAAAUAAUCUAGAAAAGCUCAUUUUUAGUUUCCCCUGAGACACCUGGAGAAUAAAAUUCUCACAGAGCCACAGCCUAAAAAGGCUAAGCUGCCCUGUUGCAUCAGGAAGGCCAAAUUGUUUCUCUUAAUUCUGACACGGGUUCAAAUAAAUUGUAAAAGCUCAUUUUCAGUUUCCCCUGAGACACCUGGAGAAUAAAAUUCUCACAGAGCCACAGCCUAAAAAGGCUAAGCUGCUCUGUUGCAUCAGGAAGGCCAAAUUGUUUUUCUUAAAUGCUGACAGGGGCUCAAAUAAUCUUUGAAUGAAUAAGAUUCUCACAGAACCACAGCCCAAAAAGGCUAAGCUGCUCCGUUGCAUCAGGUUGAAGGUCAAAUUGUUUUACCUAUUGCUGACAGGGGUUCAAACAAAAUCUCUAAAAGCUGCUUUUUAGUUCCCAUUGAGGGCCCAGAGAAUAAUUAAAAGUUCUCGCAGAGCCAGAACCUAAAAACUAACUGACUUGAGCAAAAUUCCAAUUUAAAUCAUUACUCACAAAUUGAUUACUAUAAAGCACAUGGAGAAACAUUCCUUCUCACAGAGUCACAGCCUUAAAAAGCCAAGCUCCUCUGUUGCUUCCAGGCCAUAUGGGUGCCCAAGGAGGAUUCCUGAAAAAUGUAAAAAGCAAGUUUCUUAGCAAUUUGUACAGUUCAACAGUAAAUGAGGUCCUUGACAGUUAACCUCCAGGGCUGCAAUAAGAUGCUACCCAGGUCUAAGGUUUUCGACAGCUUUUCAAACAACAUGGGGUUUGAGGUCAAUUAUUUGCCUCUUGUUUAAUUGGAAACCCACAUCCUGAAAUGUUGUGAUCACUAUCUUGAAUAUUGCAUGUUUACUUUCCUAAUCCCCACUUUAUUUUGGAGAAUCCCACUUUGCAGAAGAAGUCAACGAUCAUAUCCUGACUGUUUCUAGAAUCCUGCAUUGUAUUUUAGUCCCUGGAUCCCAGCAAUACCCUUUCAUACCCUGGGAGAAAUGUUGACUACAAGUCAAUAAUAGCAUUGUUUAGGUAACAGAUGGACUUCCUCUAUACCAGGAAAAUUCUACUAAUCAUGGUAAGUAUCUCAUUUAGCCUGACAAAAAAACUGAAAAAAGGUUCAACCAGUUGCAGAAAUACUCGAGACAGCGCUGUACUUAAUUUUGGCUCGACUAGACUGCAUAUGAUUUUGUGCUUGUAACCACCCCCCUUCUCCCCUCAUCAAAGUUAAUAGCACAAGAUCAUGAUCAAAACUUGAAAGAAAAACUUUGAAUGGAGGGGUAGGGGUGGUGAGUAUUAUAUCUCAAAAAGUAUGACUACAGUAAUUUGAAGGUAGAAAGGUUGUAUUUUCAUGGAGUAUCUCUUUUUUGAAUGAAUUUAGCCACACGUGCCACUUCCAUUCAUAUAACACACGCCAUUAGAGAUUGCCUCUGUCUGCCACUAGCUAUGAUAACUAAGCACCAGGGCUCCUUUAGGUUAAGCAGAUCGAGCCAAUAUCUGGAACACGCUUUCUCUGCCCCUGAGGAGCAGCAUGAUUUAAAUACGUUUGGGUUUGGCCUAAAAAGGCCCUUUAGAUCCAAGCCAAAUUGAGCCUCCAAUACUUUUGCUAUACUUAGUUGUUCCAUUUUUUAUCUGUAAGUGUCGUUUGAGUUGUUUUUUCUUUUCAUCAGGAAUACAUUCAUACCAGCCUCACUGAACUGGGCAUCCCUGAAUAAAUAUUGUUUAAAAUAAAAUUAAUAAAAUAAGUAAGAUUUCAUAUCAUCCUGUUUGCUUGCAGGCUAGAUUUUUUUCACCUAACUACCGUAUUUAUUCGAAUAAGCGCCCAACCUCGAAUUAGCGCCCACCUCGAAUAAGCUCCCAUCCUAAAGGCAGAAAAAGUUAAUAAGCGCCCAGCCUCGAAUAAGCGCCCACCCCACCCCACUCCCUCCCACAAAAACUCCAAUAAAAGAUAAUAAGAGACCCUCCCGAAGGCAGAGUUUUCUUCAGGGUAUUGUACAGAGACCUUGCUUUGUUACAUCUUCGCUUUUUGUUAUUAGCAUUUACUGUUUUGUUGCAAAAUAUACUACUACACUUGCUGAGAUUGGUGAAAAUUUAAUAAGCGCCCAGCCUCGAAUAAGCGCCCACUCUCAAGGUCCAAAAAUUUAAUAAGCGCCCAGGGCAGUUAAUCGAAUAAUACUUAUACGGUAUGUUAAAACCCCUUACAUUGAUAUUAACUGCAGCUUCAAUCAUAUUAUGUUUAAUAAGGUAAGUUUGUUUUACCAUAAGACAUAUUUCAAACAAAGAGAGAAAGUUCAACUACAUUUCUGCAGCAGCAAUCCUGUAGGGAAGGGGGUGUGACGGGUGUGCUUGUACACCCAUCAAGCCCCAGACAUCCACUUUUUGUUGAUCAAUGAUUUCUAAUUCACUAAUUGAUUGAUUCACUGACUCACGCUUUCCAAAAAAAUGUUUCAGUCUUUGAGUAUACGUAUAAAAAGGGGAUUUGGUAUGCCUCCAAGACAUUUACUGUACCCGUUUCAAAUACAGUAAAAACCCUCAUAUAAUAUAUAGAUUUAGCCAGGGCUAAAAGCUUAGCUCCCUUUAAUAUUUACAGUUUUCUCAAAGAAAUAUAAAAUAGAGUGCCAGUAAUACUAAAGACAAGGUGAACGGUAAAAAACAACAACAAUAAGUCUAAUUAUUAAAAAAAAAAAACAACUUUGCGCAUGCAGCACACUUUUUUUCUUAUUAUGGGUUUACUUCUGACUUCGGACGGGCUGACUUCUAACUCUCUUCCCCCUCCCCCAGUAUCUGUACAGACGGGAGGUCAUCGCUGACUUCAAAACCAGAUUUUCUCAGAUGGAUAGAUUACCAAAUUUUCUUAGCUAUGGGGCUCCGCUUGCACACAAAGCGCGUGCAUGGGGCACCACUAAGAACCUAGAUUUUUUUAACUUAGGCUACUUGGGUUCUUAAAUAGGUCCUUAAUUUGAUACGGGCACUAGUGAUCAGCACAGAAAACUACUACACGGCAUAUGUGAUAUGGAAUAUAUUGCUGUGUUGAAUAAGUAUCUAGGGUACAGUUAAGAUGAUAACCAUACAGUAAAUUUGUCAUCCCAAAGUACUAGUACGCAUGUCUCUCAUGCUGCAGAGUCCAUAAAACGCUGUGUUACAUUUUGAAUCUGUCUGAACAAAACGUGGACUAUUUUUUUUUAAAUUAUGUAUUUUCAUCUGUGCCUUCAUUUUGUAAAGGUCAACACACACACACACACCCAAUAGCGUCUUCGGCCUCGUUCGAUUCGUUUCCUCAUUGGAUCGUACCACCCCGCCAAGGAAAAAAACCUGGCUACGGGCACAAGCAAGCUCUCCAUUUAGGGGACAAUUGGGAAAAGUACAUGUGCGAGUUGAAUCGCUCGCUUAGUCCGCCCACAUUAAUAUUAUGUUGCUUACCUUUGUCCGCGUUCCAAAUCUGGAGGCGCUUGGUAGGUUUCCGCCAUUCUUUCUGAACAACAAGUCUUUGUUUUCCUUCCACUUUAAAUAAUAUUUCCGCGCAAGAAAAAGCAGUCGUUCGCGUUGCUUAGUUUCGACCCGCAAUCGGUCGGUGAGACCCUAGAUGACAGCGUUUGCCUUAAACUUACAUUUAUCAUUUUCUUUUCUUCUCUGAAGUCGUUUCCUUUUCGUCCUUUGAUUUCUCAUGCGACGACGCUCGGUAGCGGUAUUCUCUCUCCAUUUAAACGGGGCUCGUUUCUUUUGUUCGUCUUCCAUGACCGAAACACGACCACAAAUUCCCGCCGAAAUGUAACAAAACUGCGCCAAAGUGAGAUUGGUACGUAGUAUAUGGGACAUAAUGUGCCCACAUCAAAGUGCGACCUUUGAACUGCCAAAACAUUGCACUUUUUAACAGAAUUUAAAAGGACAUAGAUAAAAAGCGAAACUUUUGCCUACUGAAGAGACUAACAGUUACAAAACAUCAGCCACAAUGUUAGAUCAAUACACAACAAGACCAAAGGAAUACAGGAUAUUUAGACAUCAUUUUAAUUUUAGUUCACCAAAAUUUACAUUAACACAAUUAAUUAACCCUAGACUUGCCAUAAAUGCUAGAAAUAAAUACCAGGGCAGUUCUUUGAGUUGACACAAAAUGGGUGCUUGACCCUAACCCUAACCUAGAGCAUUAAACAUAAACCACAUCAUUAAUAAUAUCAGACCAAUGAUAACCUCAAGUUGGGGAUUUUAGUGAGAGAAACAAUAUUAUUAUACAUCAGACUCACUAUGAAAAAUCUGAUUGGUCGAGAGCAUUCAAUCAAUUCACAAUAGCUUGUAAACAUGACAUGAUAAAUGCAAUAUCUGCUGCAGAUAUUGCAUUUAUCAUGUCAAGUUGAACGUCUGCCUGGUUACCAAGCCCCUUGGAGUGUUCUCCUCAGAAACAGAAUGGCUGAACAGAGACUUUCAAUGAAUGUUUCUAGAGAUUUUCUGUUAAGGAGUUUUCUAUUUUAAUGUAUACUUUAUUCAGACAAAGGUUUUAUUAUUGUAUUUUAAAAUUUCUAAAUGAUCUUGGUUAAGCUUAUCAGUGUCACUUUCACCUUAGUUUUGAAAUAAAGCCAUUUUUCAACAGAUGAAUGUCUUCUUUUGCCUGUUGUUUAAAAAAUGUAUAAUAAAACAAUUAUUGAAUUCGGUUUUCGCAUGAUAUCAUGAAUUAUCAAAACCUCGUGUCUGUAUUAUCUGCCUCAGCCUUCGGCUUCGGCAGAUAACACAGACCUCGGUUUUGAUAAUUCAUGAUAUCAUGCUCAACCUCAUCCAAUAAUUGUUUAAUAUUAGGCCAAUUUACAGUUACAGGCAUAGUUCUGUUCCACCAAAUAAAUUUACUUACUGGUAAAACUGUUGUGGUGAGUAAAUUAAUACUGGAAAACAAAUUUAAAAUACAGUUAUAUUUAAAAGCCAUAAUUUUCACCAAAGGAACUGCCUGUUUAUAGUCUCGAUACUGUACAUAGUUGUCAACAUCAGACUUUCCUUCAUUAUUGUUUAUCUUUCACGCAGAAAGAAGCACUGGAAUUUUUGCUACCUUACUUGUGAACUAACUUACUUAAUAUACAGUUUGCAGAAGGCUCAAAUAUUGGACAGUAAACAGACAAGGUCCAGCUAAAAUGAAAAUUUUGUCCAGACAAACUCUACGCUUGCCCAUAAUUGUGACCAAAUGUAUGAAUGAACAGCCACAAUAAUAAAUAUAUUUUGAAAUCAUGAAUUUAAAGGAGCAUCUCUAGGCUUUUUUAAUUACAUAGCCUGGGACCGGGCUCCGCGUUGAGCCAGUCAACAUCACCUGAAACAGCCCAUAUUUAUCUUGAGCCUUGCAAUUACCUACAUGAUUUAAUACACUUAGCUCCAAGUAUUUUAUUUCUGAGAUAAUUGCAUCAUACACUUCGUUGUACCUUUUACAAACAUGGAACCCAGCUCUAUAGACACACAAGAUAAAGUUAAAAAUAACAAAUUACUGUACACAACUUUGCAUGCAAAGACUGUUUUAGUCUUUACAUCUACAAAACGUAAUGUCCACACCGAGAGCAACUGGAUAAUGUGGGUAAUGUACAGGUGUAAAAAUUAUUGCAUGUCGCUCCCCCUAUUGUCCAUUUUAACGAGGUUCACUCAGUCCGUACAUGUAUUUGUUCUAAACCACGCAUUAAAAGGAAAAUUUUGGAAAUAUUAAAUACUUACAAGUUUAUAUUUUACAUAUACAAUGGAGGUACCCUGAGAGCAGAGGCUACAUUUUUGCUGUGUGAGCUGGCAUGGAAAAAGUAGCCUCUGCCAACAACUGCUCAAUCUUCUAUCUUGCAUGCGCGAAAUUCAUCACGCGAUUCGCAAGCAAAAUUAACAUCAUGGUCUGUUGUCAAUGGCAUUAGUUUUGCAGGAAAAAAAAAAUUGCAACAACUCUGAUUGGCUACGCAAGACUCAUGCAGUGCUCUAAUUAAACUGGUUAAGAACAGGAAAAAACCCAUUUUUUAAAUAAUUUUGUUAUUCGCCCAGAUUUCUGGACAGAUUUGAACAGUUGUCGGCAGAGGCUACUUUUCGGACGGCAGCUCACACAAUGAAAAUGUAAACUCUGCUCGCAGGGUACAAUGGAGGAGGAAAUUUGACGAUCAUCAAUGUCAACAUUGCAGUUUGCGGGCAAGAGGGCACACUACAAGAACAUGCUCACCAUUGAUAAGAUCUAUUGCUGGAAUAAACUUUCCAUGGAUUCUCUGUACUGGUAUAAAGGUGGCAUCCCCUUCACGUUCAAAGAGGUCUUUACACCAGACCUCGACUGGAGCUCCCAGGGAGUGUCUUGAGGGAUGUUCUUGAAACCAAUGCACUGCAGCUAAAAUACAGGUCUCAUAGUGACCAUUGACAGACACAUUCUGUUUUAUAAAGUAAUCAAUGACUCCUGGCCUCAAAUCCGAUCCAGAGGUGUCAAUUACUCCACCAAGUUUACACCACCUUGCCAAAACAAAUGCUGAUCGAUCUCCUCUUGACAUUUGUGAGCCAAAGAGAUCCCCAUUAAAUUUGCAACAAGCAUAUCUUUGAAAGUGACACGUAACAGAAUUUUCAUCUAGCUUAUCAAAAAUUGUUUUAUAGCACUUCUUUAGAUGGGAAAGAACAUCUGGGUCAAUGGUAUCUCUUGAGCAGGGCCCACAGCAUGUGUACAUGAGGACACUGUUGGCAAUCUCCCCACUUGUUCGUACAGGACCUAUAGACAGAAGACUACACUGAAUAACAUCUCGAGACAAAUGGUCGUGCUCUGAUAAUGACUGCUCAUGGAGACUUCCAGAUUGUUUUGAGACAAGUCUGGUAAGCAAAGGUUUGAAUACACUUUGGAAUGCAACUGGCCAGUGUAAAUCAUUCACAUAUUGACUUGAAGUGAACUUUCGCAUUAAUUGAAUUUCAACUGCACGUUGAUUUGUUCCAAACUCACCAAGAAUACCAUUAUAGCGUUCAAAGCUGAACAGCCAAAAUGAAUAAACAGGUCCAUAAUCCAAGACACAAUCUACAAGAUGAGAAUGCAGAUGCAUAUUCGGUGUAACUCUGUGCUUCCCAUAGAGCUGUUCAAAAUUCUUACAAAACUUUAAAAGAUACGAGUGAGCUAAAAGUGCCUUCAUUUCUGUGAUAACUGGACAACAAAGGUAAGAACAAGCCAUCACAAAAUCUCUCCAAAGUUCUAAGUCAUUCCUUGGUAAUAUAUCCCACAAGGCGUAUAUGGAGAAUAGAACAGUAAACGACUUCCACUGGUCUGCUGUAAAGCCUCCAUAACUGUUCUCAAUUUUUUUGGGCAUCCUCCCCACACUGGCUGGAACUUUCAGCUUGUCCAUCUUAUCUUGGACUUUCUCUAAGUCCUUCUUGUCAAGAACUGGCUUUUCCACAUCUAACCAAACAUUCUUCAUAACAUGCUUUGCUGUCCCAGUAAAUAAGUUGUGCAUGGGAUCAAUAACAUGGAAGCGAACACAGUCAAAAUAAGGUAACAACAUCAAUUCUGUAUACCUUGUUCCAUAAUGCUGCUCUAGGUUUGAACAAUCACCAGCAGAUGUUUGGUUUAAAAUCUCCUGUGCUUCCUGUCGAUGUUCAAUGUUGCUCCUUGGAUGACAUGGCUCAAAUCCAGAAAAAUCAAUUUUAGUACCAACCGACCCUGGGAAAAAUUUUUUACACUUUGAACAGCCUUUAUUGGAGCCAUGGCCAGUAAAUCCACAAACCUUUCUUGCUGCUGGAACAUCACAGCCAACACAAAGUAGAGCAGCAUGAAAUUUUUCAUUUUCAAUGCAACUGUGACUUUCAACACUAAUGCCACCCUUCCACAGGACAUUAAGUUCAGCAACUAGGGGUUGCAAGUAUGAAUUUAUAUUAAGCUUAGGUUCAUGGGGUCCUGGGAUAACACCAACAAGAAAAACAUUCUCAGGUUUAAACCUUUCACUUCUAGGAAGGUUCAUCGAGACCAUAUAAAGUGCUCCUACACUAUACAGAGAAUGUUUGAAGGGCUGAAACCAGUCCACAUUAAGCAUAAAAGCAUAGUUCCUGGGUGAUGCUAAAUAUGGUUGUCCAUCAACAUACUGCCACUCCUUCCAUAUUCUUCCAUCAAAAAUGUCGGCAAGAAAUCCAUUAGGCAUGUCCCUACUCCUCCAUAAUUCACAUUUCUCAACAAAACCAGGCCUUUGCAGGAAAUCGCGGAGAUUGGCAAUGACGCUGUUGUAACAGUACACUUUUCGUGGGUACAGCUUAGUUUCACCAGACUUUAAUGAAACUUCUUUCAAAAGUGGCUCAUCACACUUUGUACGGCGGAAGUGUUGGCGGUGGUUUGGAAACUGGACAAAGCUGCAUUUUUUUGUAAUUCUCUUCCCACGAAGAACUUCAUAGCAGUCUUCAAAAACAUACAGACUAUGGCAUUUUGGGCACACAACAUAUUUUGUAAACCUGUCCUUGUCUAAUCCAAGUUGCUUCCGCAGCAAAUGCACCGACCUAGGGAACAGGAUGGCAAAACUUCCAACAACUGGGAAUAGAGUAGUAAGAGAAUCAAAUACUGCCCUCAAAAAAGAAAGCAGGAUUUCCAGUGCAUUAUCAGAUAAUGUGCAAAAUGAUGACCAAAGACAUAGAAAAAUCAGGAGCCAAUGAACAAUAUCCUUCAAAUUUCUACUUGCUAUUGAUCUUCCGUUAACAUCCACUGAGGGAAGUUGACCUUGGUCUUGGGGGAAGUCUGUUUCAACAUCCUCACCAACAACGUCCCAUACUUCUCUAAGUAUGUCUUGUGGCAUCCUUUCAUGAUAAAUAAAGUCAUUCUCUGAGUCACUGUCAUCCAGAUCAUGAAUUAGAUGAUAAUCUUCUUCCUCAAGAUUGUUGAUCGAGACACCAUCACAAGCUGUUAAUUAAUAUAACAUCAUUGUGUGAGAACGGGAUACAGUGUGUACUUAUAAGCAAGUGAUAGGUAAUCAGAGAUUACAAGUAGGCUAAUUUUCAGAGAGGGCAUGCCAUCAAAGCAACUAAAUUUAGGAUCACAGUCUAACCCUAACCCUGACAACAUACAGAGCAGGGGCAGUUAGAAGGACCUGUUUACAUGGAGGUGGGGGACCCCAGUUAGGGGACGUAACCCACGCGUCAAUAUAAUCUCUCAUUUUAAAUUUGACCACAUUUACAUUCAUGAUAGGUGGGGUGACCUUCCACAGGGGGGGGGUUACUCCCUUUUAUAAAAUAACUAAGAUAGUAUGCGUGCUCUUAUUGACCGAGGGGAGUGUUUGCAUGAGAGUAUGUAAACAUUUUGUAUUUACCCGGAAACUUGAAAUCUUAGUGACAAACCUGAGGCCCUAAAUCUAACAGCAGGAAAAAUUUAAAAAAAAUUAAAUACCUGCUUCGGGUACUCCGUUUUCAUCAAAAUUCUCCGUGUCAAGUGGUGUUACAUUUGGACAACCCUCUGUCUCUGAAGCAGUGUCAUUCCCAUCAAGGUCCGAAACAGAAUUCGAAAUGUGACCACUUUCUUCAUCUGAGGAUUCGUGUCUGUACCACUGACCGCUUUCUUUGUUGAAGUAAAGAUCCAAAUGCUGCCUGUAUGUCCUAGAUGACACAUAGUCUUGACAAUGUUCGCAGAAUUUCCUUUUAUUGGACGACAUUUAAGACAUUUAAGCUUGUAAUAAACAACUGGUAAGAGCAGCACUCUCCGAACAGUAGCUGUGUAGAUCUUGUGUUUACGUCAAACAGCUAGCUGAUGACAAAGCUGCAUAAAUAAAAAUGUUCGAAAACAUGAAAGGUUUGACCGGAUUUACGUAGCUGCGAAUAUUCUGGCCCAACGCUAGGUGUGAGAAAGUUUAAAAGUAGGUUAUUAUGCAUGCGACAAUUUCAUACUUUUUUCCUUCAAAUAGUUGAAUUUGAAUAGAGUAAAAACAAGUUUGCAGAAUAAAUGUAUGGAGUUUUACGGAAAGCUUACCGAUAUGAGAUAUUUAAGCUUAAGCUCUGGUUUAAGCUUAUUUUGGCCCAAAAAUCUUCUCACGCCUCAUGAAACAUUUCACACCUUCGCUAGUCACCAGCGACGGCUUUAUUAAAAUUACACACGUUUUGUGUUUGAAUGUAAAAUUACCUGAAGAAGUCUAGGUAGACAAAACACGUAGAAGUAUUAUCACGUCUUAAAGUUACAGUUCACCGACUGCUGUUAGUUAAAAGGAAACAGGCAAACACGGUAGUUUCUGGGUCGGCUAACCUCGGCAAAUGUGUAAUCGGAUCACGUGGCGCGUUCGUCUCGGAUACGUGACCGUUCGUUGUCCGAAGAUUUCGCUGGCCGACCUCGUGAUUUUUGCCCUUUGGAUCCAUUUCCCGCCUAUGCUGUGGAGGACCAAUGGAACGUCGUAUACGUUUCGUAGUGGUUAAAAAUUUACUAGAUUCUUGUGCAUGAAAGACGUUUGAAUUUUAGGCGCGAUUACUUUGAACGAAGGGUUUCAUCAAGCUUGGUACUACUCGCCAUAUUUUUUCGAUAUUUUUUGUCAUUGUAACCUUCUGAUUUCUCCUUUGUGGCUACUAUGGCUAGGCAAAAGCCCUCCAAUUCAAAGCAUGUCCUUUACACUACCCAGUCUAGGCCGAAAAAAAAGCAAGGUCCUGCUUCGUCGCCUGUUGGAAAUGGAAGCCCGGAGCAGUCCGCCAGCAGUAGUUCAGUUACUGCUUCAAGACGCCCAGAAAACAACUCGCCUGUGGAGGGCGCUGGAACGGUCGAACAAUCUCGUACUCCGCAACCGGCCCGGCCAGUCGCCCGGCCACUGAUACCGACCAGACCAGCCACGUCGACUCCGACAAGAUCUGAUCAGAUCUUGGCGCCAUUGGAUUUAACCCCAGUAAACCGUCAAGAAGCAAUUGCUAGUGCCAGUAGUAUAAACUCCCCAGCCGCUCUCACAUGUAUGGAGCAGAUAAAACAGUUCUUCGCCACCCAAGGGGAGUUUAAUAAACAACUGGAGCAACGACUGGAAGAGUUAAAACAUCAAACCGCGGGGAAAAGAUCUAAACAAGUUCAGCGUCCUACAAAGGAAUUAUCGGUAAGUGAACAAUAUUAGCCAUUCAUGUAAAGCUUCCUGGGCUUAAUGGCUGUCUGCCAACAUGUUUGACCUAGCGUAUGCCCUGUUCCAUCGAGCAAGCACAAAAAUAAAAAUAAAAAUCGUGUUGGAUUUAAGUCUUAUCAUCCAUGGAUUUAUUGUCGCGCCACUGGUAUCAUUCAUAGAAAAUUUGACUCCCUCCCCCUAGGGACGAAAAUUUUUGGCGGGAGUUUAUUUUUGCGGAUUGGCGGUUUUUAGUGUUUUGCGGGAACUAAUUUUUGCGAUUAGAAAACAUUGUUUUUUCCCACUGGGAAUUAAUUUUUUUGCAAAUUUUAAAAAGAACCCAGCAUUCAUAAUAUUUUCAAUUUUGUUAAAUGUUUUUGUUAUAAUAAUAAUAAUGAUAAUCAACUUUAUUAUUAUAAACAAGAAUGAAAUACCAAGUGAGUUUUUGCGCGAAAACUUGAUAUCUUCGCAUGAGAAAAUAACAUGUUAUCUUCACGUGUGAAAAUAUUACCAUUGCUAUGGCUUCAUAAUAAAUCGCACCUUUCAGACCCAAAAACCAUUUAAGGAAAAUGGUUUGGCAUUUCAUUGGUGUUUAUGUAAUAAAUAGAACAUGACAGGAAAUAAUUGUGAAAAAAGAGAGCACAGCCACUAAGAAAUAGCAAAAGCUAAUCGUGCCAAGUGGCUGGGCCAUGCGGAAAAGUAACUAGAUAUCAAAGUUGUUUAAAAAGCAUCUUGCUUGCUGACUGCUGAAUUUCAAGUUAUCGAGAAUUACAGUAAAUAUAGGAAGGAAAUCCAGGGGAAAUCAAUUUGAUUCAAGUUAGUGUGAGGUUCGAGUCAGCAAGGGCUUGAGAUGGGGGCCAAGUGUAAAACGUUCAAAGUUACUGGUACGAAGGAUUAAUAGUUCUACUUUCUAGUAUUUUGCUGCCUGAAAGUUUGGUUUCGCUUUCUGUUUCUGAUACAGUUUGCUUGCUUUAUUGGUUAUUAGCUUAUUGUUCUAUCUGUUUCCCUGACUGUUUCCUUGUUAAUUCAUCCUUUAUAAGGCUCAUGUGAGGGACAUCUAUUGUUCACUGACCAAUGAGGAUGGGGAAGAUGUUAAAUGGGAUCUUUCACAAGAGUAAGUUUAUCAUUUUUAUUUCUGUUGUUAUUUUUUUAUAUCAGGUUGCCAGGUCACUAAUUGAGAUGCUUAAGUUAUGCAGUGUUUGUUUUGAGCUUUUUAGUUGUUGGAGCUCAUAACCGGUAUUAAAAGAAAAAUACAAUGGUUUUUACCAAAAAGCAAACUUCUAUCGCUAUUUUUAAAAGAAAAGCUACCAUGUAUUGUAUACAAACUCUUAAUUUAUUAGGAGUCACAAGUCUUUCUCAUAUGCACCCCUUCAGUAUCAAAAUAAUAUGGGAUUACCUUAAUUUGGGAUCUUGCGCACAAAAAGAACCCUCUUUCCAGAAAAAUACUUUGCUUAGCCACUCAGUUCUCACACAAUUUUUGCCAUCAAAUUUAGCUUUAAUCACAGAGAUAACCAGGUUGUGCAUGCAGCUAUUGUAGAUGGAGUGCGAAGCACAGACACUUCUGCACCAGUAUCGCUCAUAAGGGGUAAGUGUAUUCCUGCACUGUAAUUUCUCAGAUUUGGCUCUGUAGAAUGUAAUAAUUACAGUAGAUCAUAUGUAUUAAUAUGGUGGAAAAUUACAGGAAUCUUUGUCCAACUUGAACCUUGAGUCUUCUGGGGUGGAUCCAGGAUUUUAGCGCAAGGGGUUCAAUGAAAAGGCAAGGCAGCCACCUUGUAGGGGGGUCUGCGGGCAUCCUCCCCCAAAAAUUUGGAAAUUUCAAGUCCUCACUGAGAAACAUGAUUUCUGCCAUUCUGAGGCGAUCGAAGUCAGCUUGUUUUAAUAUCUCAUUUUUUAAAGUGAAAAUGCCAUUCUUUUUGCAUCAAAAUAUCACUGAAAGCAGUGAAACAACUAUGCAAAUUUGCAUUUGUAAAACUAUGAUAAAAAUAUACUGCAUUAAUUUCACUAUUUUCAAUUUUGUGUUUCAUUGAACAUGGGAUCAACAAGAAGCAUUCUUCGGUAUCUUUCCACAAAAAACUGAACCACAGCAUUGUAGUCAAUGGGCAUUUCGUAAUGAAUGUUCAUCAUAGCCAAGCCUAACAGUCUUUCUGUUGUCAUGGUGGUAUCCUUUGACAAGCUUCAAAGCUGUACCUUUUCCUCCCUUGUUGUCAGCUGAAGUGACUGGUAUAGUGCAAGCAAUUCGCAGCAAACAGUUAAUGUUAAGGAAAAUGUCAGUGAAACAAAAAUGUAUUUGUUUCUUAUGGAGAAAACGUUUUAGCUUUAUUGAGCAGUAGAGGCUUAACUUGCUUAUGAAUACAUUGCAUUUAAGAUUGACUGUAUUUAUUUUAUAUUUUUACAAGUUUCCGAUGUUGGCUAUUUUAAUUUAGGGGUUUCGAACCCCCCGAACCCCCCCUAGAUCCACCACACUUCUUGGUCCUUUUAAGAAAUGAUUUUUUUACUUAUGGUGAUAGCAGUCAAUAAUUUUUAUAUCUGUUUUCCUGAAUGACAGCUGCUAUUAGGACCCACUUUAAGACCAAGAAGAGGCAGAAAAAAAUCAAACAAGGCAACAAGGAGAAACAAGUCCUGAAAGAGCAGCGAAUCAGGAGCAGAAAGAAUACAGUAAGUACAGUGAAACCUGUAUUAAGCGGACAGAAGCUAAAGUCCCAGAAUUUAUUUCCCUUAUUUGCUUUAAAUGAAACCUUUAUUAAGUGGGCACCUCUAUUAAGCGGACGCGGACACCUAAAGAGUACCUGAAAUGGACAUUUCUAUUGUUACCAACGUGUAUUAAACGGACACUUGUAAUCAGAUGCCACCACCCAACAUGGCAGACACCGAAAAUGCGAAGAUUGCCUCGUAUUGCCACCCACAAAAUGUUUCUAUUUUUACAUUAAAAAACGUGAUGUGAUGAACAUAUUUGAUUAGUUUCGCAGUACAGUACUGUUUUCUAUUUCGUUUUGUUUGUAUAGAGCUUGUUUCACUCAUCUGAUUUCUUCAAAUUUGAGUUGCAGUCUAUGUUUAUGGUAUUAUGAUCAACUGAUCCACUUUGAUAAAGAAAUUAAUGCAAACGUAUAUCAUCAAAGCCUCUGAGAGUAUUCUUAACCUUUCCACUGUUCACGUAAAUGGCAUUUGACAUCUCUAUUGAAACCUGUAUUAGACGGCCACCCUGUAUUAAGCAGACACUACAAAAUUACCCGAGGGUGUCCGCUUAAUACAGGUUUCGAUCACUGUAUACAGUGUAAAAAAGUUCCUUGUUACUCUCAAGCCAUUACAGUUAAGCCAGGUCAAGUGUAUUCCCAAGAUUGCAUUAAAAGUAAUGAAUUUACUAUUGGAAAGUGGAAUCAGUUGAUAGUUUUAGAUUUUAGUUUUAUAUGCACAUUCCAGCAUAUGUAGUGUGCAGUGAAAUUUACAGUCUAGGUAGUUUUUUUUAAAUUUCUGCCAGCUCAGUUUUGUUGAAAUUGUUGUAAAUGCCUUUUGAUGGUCUCACUCAUAAUUAAUUUUUGUUUGUUACAGAAACGACUAAAGAGACAAAAAGCACUUGUACAAUCGACAUCCAUUUCGAAU